UUCUACGCUGACCGUACAGGCAGCCACCAGCCACGAGGUUCUCCAGUCAAGAAACAUUAAACCAUGGAUCCAUUCACGGCCUUUGGUAUAGCCUGCAAUGUCAUCACCGUCGUCGAUGCAGCUAUCAAAUGUGGUAAAACGAUUAUGGAGCUCUACGACUCGACAAGUGGCUACACGCGAGAGACCGAGGCCUUACUAAAUGCCCUCGGCGACUGGGAGGCUAUAAAUAAUGAAAUGGAAGCGGCAGAGUCUCAAUUACGCCAAACAGAUACGCAUAAGAGCCUUCAGGAAGCUACCGCCAAUUGCGCCAAAAUAUCACGACAAAUGAAGGACAUUGUCAUUUCAUGCGUUCCAAAUACUAGAAAAUCUUUUAGGUCCGCUAUGAAAGGAAUGAUCAAUACAAAAGCCAACAAACAAAAAGUCACGCAGCUACGCGAGCAACUAGAGCAAUCCGGGUCUAGGGUGACUUAUCUAGUCGCUGCUGCUACUAGGUCCGACGUGACACAGAUUUUAGUCAGACUGGAACAGGCCCAGUCAAGUCAUCGCUCUGCCAUAGAGAAACUAGAUGACCUAAAAGACUAUCUUGAUCCUACGAAAGGCAAUGAACGCCUUUUAGAGGCUAUUAACUCUAUAAAUGCCGUAUCUAAUGAAGUUUUGGAGGCCGUUAUGCACGAAGUGAUUGUUCGAAGCCUCCGAACUAGUUUCCCCUCUGCAAAGACACGCUUUGAAGCUGUAGAUGAUGCUGAGGCAGGAACCUUCUCCUGGAUCAUUGAGAAACCUGAUAGGAUCCUGGACAUGGAAGAAAACCUUCAAAUUAGCUUUGCUGAAUGGCUGAGAUCGGGAUUAGGGGCGUUCCAUAUCGCUGGUAAACCAGGAUCCGGCAAGUCGACUUUGAUGAAACUCCUUGCGACUCAUAAACUCACUAAAGAGCUACUCAGAGAUUGGGCUGGGGACAAGCACCUAAUACUCUCAAAUUUCUUUAUUUGGCGUUUAGGUGGAAGAGACCAGAAGACAUGGAAAGGCCUUGUUGGAAGUCUACUUUAUGAUACAGUGUUACAAACACCGAGUAUCACCAAGAUUCUCUUUUCAGGCCACUGGGAGACUGGGCAAGCCUGGCUGAAUCAUAAGGCCAAUACAGUCAUACACUUUUCGGAUUCCGAAAUACGCGCUGCUUUCGACAAACUUAUUAAUGGUCCUGAGAUUCAUAAAAACUUUCGAAUUUGCUUCUUUAUCGACGGUUUGGACGAAUUCCAAGAACCAACAGAGUCCUAUAAUGAACUGGCUGGAAGGAUAAAAGGCUGGUCGCAGGCAUCAUCAAGUACAUUAAAACUCUGUGUUUCGAGUCGAGAAUACCCUUCCAUCGAGCGCGUGUUCUCAGAAACCCAAAGAAUACAUUUACAUAAACUAACCUCCCGUGAUAUCAACCGAUUAACCCAAAGGAGGCUCUGUACGAACCCUAUAUUCGUCGCUCUACGGCGAAGAGAAGGCCCCGGAACUGAUGUCUUGGUCAAAAGGAUCGCAGCCGAAGCUGAAGGGGUCUUCCUUUGGGUAGUACUUGUUGUCGCGCUAGUCCAGGAGGAAUUGGCUGCCCUUGGUGAGAAUAUUUCAAUAAGACACCUAAGCCAGAUACUUGACCAAGUCCCUAAGGAACUGGAAGAUUUCAUUGGCGAGAUUGUUAAAAGAAUCAAUAAACAUCAUCACGGCAAGGCAAUGUUAUUGCUUGCUAUGGCUCUACGAAUGGCUGGUCAAACUAUUGAUGAUGCACCACCUUCAGGGCACGCAGACCCAUCGGAUCAUCUAGCGCCGUCGGAGAAUCGCGAACGGCUUUUGGUGCGCGAUACCAAAGCGGGCGAACUAUCUGUACUAAGUAUAUCGUUAUACUUUGAACCAUACGGACCGAAUGAAACCACCUUCGAUCCGGGAUUUGUAUCAAAUAGAUGCCUAUCUGGUGUUCAUUUAGUGAACACUUGGUGCCGUGGUCUCCUGACAGUCCAGGGAGACUCUGCUAGAUUUAGCCAUAGGAGUAUUCCAGAGACCAUCCAUCGCAUUCUGAAAAAGCAAGAAGAGCCGAAGAUUACCGACAACCAAGUUAUAGAAGCAAUCCUUAAGAUGGUCCUCGUGGAAAUACAGCUGCCAAGAUAUGCUUUAACAUUCAAAAGACCCGAUAGAAUCGAGUUUAUGGUGUGGCUGUUGUCACUUACUAAGGUCCACCAAGAAGCAUUCCCAAUCCUCCAUACAAUUGAGAAUGGAACUCCGAACCAUCCUUCAAAACGUUACUAUCACAUGGGAAGCUUUGCGCAUAUUAAUGGGUCAGAUUAUACCGACGAAAGUAUCCUAAACGCUUCGGCUCGCAUCGGGUUAUUUGAUUUCGUUAUAUGGGAGAUUGAAAAUAACCUGGAGCUUCCUGAGCAUACCAACAGAAUAGAAUUUCUUCUAGCGUUUGCCACCUGGAGCACCCUUCAAGGUACAAGUUCAAAGAACGAGUUCCAGCUAGUCCUGGACACUUGUGUACGAAAGUGGAAAGAAUCGUCUUGUAACCCUCCUACUCCUUUUCCUUGGACUUUAACGUGGCUUGACUUCCUCAUGUACUCAAUCUUUCGAAGGACGCUUCAUAUAUUUCCAAAAUAUGUUGGUUGGUCCCUCCUUGAAAGCUGGCUUCAGAUCGGGUUAACUUGCCCUUUCACGCUGGCAAUUUCCAAACCCGACCCUACCGAUAUUUCUGGAAAUCCGAGACCUGAUGGCCUCAAGCCCGGCACCAUCGGGAUCUUGUAUCCCAGGAUAGACGGCUUCGAGUCGAUAACCGGCGUGUGCUAUAAUUGGAAUCUGGACACAAGCGGGCCCUCAGCCAAGGGGCGAGGUCCAGGGUCAGUAAGUGAUCUCUGGAGCCUCGCCCACGCCGAUGGGCGCGGCGGUCGACUCAAUCUGAAGGAUUUGAUAGUGUUUCACAAGCCUGAAAAUAGCGGGCGUCUAUUGGAACUAUUGGAAAGAAACGACACCUACGGUCCAACAGAGUUCGGAGAAUUACUACUAGACAUCCAGCAAAGUCCACCAGACGAAAAGAUACCAUUUACUUCUGGUUAUAUAGCGGAUGGACGGAUCCGUCCGGUUGGUGGCAGCACUACCGAGCACCCGGCCAACGCGGUUGACUCGGAAGUACAACCAUUACCACCCCCGCCUCCAAUGGACCAAGAGGGAAAGCUUGACCUCAAGUUUGAUCUUAAAGUUGUCGGCAUAUUCUUCUCUGCCAUAAUUUCUUUCAUCCUAGGAUAUCUAUUAAAAUAGGGUUACGUGGUAUUAAGGGAGCGUUUCUAGAGUUUUCUUAAAGGAUUCCAUGUAGACAUUAUUUUAUUUCCGUGGAAAAAAGUAUGUAGGUAGAUAUCAUAUGUUGUUAAUUCAAUUAAGGGACAAGAAGACGGAUAAAUUAUUGUUUUUGUCCCAGAGUGGCGACGGCUGUCCUAAGUCACUGGUCGCGGCAUCCAACCAACGCCUUCAGUGGAUCAAUCUGGUAGUUUUGGGCUACGACCCUUGCCUUAUAUAGUUUCUCUUUUGAGUGUCUAGGGGAUACUAUGGCCAAAUCAAGAUCCUUUGUUACCUAAGUAUCAAUAACCUGAAACUGUCUAGCCCUGAACACCAGGGUGACAGGCUUGGAUGGAAUUAACAUCCAGAUUCUUCAGAUAAUGUGCUUUUAUACGCACAUGAACGCGGCGCAAAUCCAUGUGUACGAAGCAGUAUCUCACAGCGAAAGCGUCGAAAAAUAGGGGUAGACGCCGGAUAGCAUAUUACAUAAUACAAAC